GCUUAGAUACCCUUAUUCAUCUUAUACUUGAUGAUUUCAUACAUGCACCUCUCUCCUAGGUCUACCUAGUCUGGGCACUUUUUUUUCUCCUUUUUUUUCUUCUUGAAUCUUCAACAACCCUCGCGGGCACCUUGGGGCACUAUACUCUCCAACUUGAACAAACCUACGUACAUAUUCUCGUACACACGUAUAUACCUAGGUAUACAUACAACAUACAAACUUACAUCAGGUACCUGUCUACCUCAACGUGUAUAUAACCAAUCCACACCUAUACACGCCGCCACCGGAGAAGCACAAGAGGCGACAGCAGAGUCACCCGGCAACACACAAGGGUCCGCGUAAACACACAAGUAUCUCGUCAAAAUAUAACCAUGGGGAGCGGAUUACCAACACCACCGCGAGACGAUCAUGCCAAGCCGCAUGCAUCUCGGAAGACAACAUCAGGCCCCAAGCCAAUGAAGGCCCCUCAGAGGAGUUCAAAACGUGCUCCUGCAUCGGCGCAUUCGCCAACCUCAAGUCUAGGGAGGACACUUUCUACGGGUGAAUCAAGGGGCAAGAGGGUAUGGAAGGCUUGUGAGAGGUGUAGGAUGAAGAAAACAAAGUGCGAUGGAGAGAUGCCUUGUCGGCGCUGCAAGGAUGACGGCCUGGUAUGCACCGCCGGCGUGCGGCGCAAGACCGAGUAUAAGCAGAUACCUAGAGGUUACGCAGAGGUGCUAGAGAACACACAGUUUGCGCUCGUCGCCACCAUCCACAAGCUGUACGCCAUGGUCCGGAAUUCACAACCGUGGGAGCUGGGCGAGCCCGACCUCAACGACCGCGGCCAACCCGUGGUCCACACCAUAGCAUCCAAACUCGGCUGCAUCAGACCCAAUAGCGACAUUGACAUGCCGAUACCUUCGGCAUUCCCGGAAGACGAGGCCGGCAUGGCAGACCUGAUCGCGCAGCUCAAUGCGCAACAACAGAGCGACACUAUGAGCCAGGAUGACGAUCAUCACCACCACCACCAACAAGAACACAACCACCGGUACCAAUACUCGGAUGCAGAAAUGGAACCAGAGCUCGACAUGGGGCUGGACAACUUGGAUUUGAGUUUGAGUCUGGACACAAACUACAGACGAAUGGCGUUUGGGGGAGAGCCGAGAGCGCUCUCUGCCGGUGCACUCUCGCCGCAAAGUUUAUGCCUCGACAGUGACAGGCCGGCCUCCGAUGCCGGAUUCUCGACCUGUUCGCCCUUAUUCGACGGAGCAGCUGAGGCGCCAGCGCUGAGCCCUUACCUGCUCCAACAACCACCGCUGUCGGCGGAUCAAUUUUUCCACAGCUUGCCGUCACUAGGCGGCGGCGGCGGCGGCGGCGGCAAUAACAUGUCGUUAAAGCCUGUCCCAGAUCCCGAAGCAACAACUAUGAUGGGCGGCAUGGGUGACCCCAUGAUUUUUUCAGGCUAUGGGCCCGAUCUUCUUAGCAUGUGAAGCUUUGAGGGGAGGGGGCCUGCGUUGACACCCUGAAUAAGAACAGGGACCUACUUAAUCGAGUUCUCUUGGACGAGGCUCUUUUGUCGUGUAUUAUCUGUGAUAGGUACUGUAUGUGUUUCACAGUUGGUUUAGUCUAUUAAUGAGCCAAUGAAAGAAAGAAUCACGCAGAUUCAAUGCGAUAUGAUAUGUAUGACGACUUGACAAUUGUUUUCUUCCAGCGUCGAUAACCACAAUUGGGACUUUGGUUUAAUUAGUGAGGUCCGGUUAUUUCCAUCGGGUUUCAUCGGUUUUACUUUUGAAAGCAGACAAGCAUACUACCUUUUUGGGAUUACUGCCAUUUUCGGCUUGGAUCCCUUUUUGGGUUGAAUCAUAUCUCUCUCUUUUUUUUUUCUUUUGUUUUUUUCCCUCUUCUUCUUCUCUCUUUUCUUGGCAACUUGGUCCCGUCCACUUCCUCGCUCGAUCUUUCCGGCCAGUGGGUCAGGUUUGCCAGGAACCGGCUGUCGCUUCCGCCAUUUUGGUCCAUGUGUGUGGAAAGUCGCUUGGUCGCUUUCUAAUCCUACCAGAUUGAUUGCAAAUCCGAAAUCCUUCGGAGGGUUUACAAAUUU